UAUAUUACUGGGGCUGUCUCGCCUGUGGACUGUGGUACCUAUCUAGUAUUAUUCAGAUAAUAAAAUUUCAGAAGCUAAUUAAAUGAGUGAUCCACCUUACUGCAACUCCAAUAUCUUCACAAAAUGCUUCAACUUCAUCCCUCUUCAUCAUUCUCAUGCUUCUACUGCUGCUACUACUACUACUGCACUUCCUAAUUCGUCUUCUUCUUCUUCUUAUCUCUUUAAUAAUGAUACUACUUCUACUUAUCCUCCUCCAUUUGAUAAUGGUGGCGGCUUAUUGGACUUGAAUGCUAAUAUUAAUACUAAUAAUGAUAUAAUCUUCAACAACACCAACAACAACAUAUAUCAUCAUCAACAAUUUUCAUUCCCUUCACCCCCUCAGAGAGAGGCUCUUCCUCUUCUCAACACCCUAAUUGGGCCGACAAGAGUCACUCAUGCUCAUCAUCAUCAUCAUCAACAACAACAUCAUCAACAUCAUCAUCAUCAUCAUCAUCAUCACCAUGGUGGUGAGCAAGAACAUCAAAUGAUGAUGUCCAGCUCGAGCCCUAAUUUAUCAAUGACAAGCACAACAGAUGAUGACGAGAGUAUGACAGUUUCUCUUCGCAUAGGGCUACCCACACAGCCCUCUUCUUCUUAUGCGUAUGCAGAUGCAGGUGCAGAACACAAGGAAGAUGAGUGUUCGGCAGUGGUUUACCCUAAUUCAGAUGCAGAUGGAGAUGCAGAUGAUGUUGAUCUUCUUCCUCUUUCUCCGCCUAAAUUAGACCACCAGACUACCCAGAUUCAAACCCAAGGAGUAGGACUACAAUAUUGGAUACCUACCCCGUCGCAGAUACUUAUUGGUCCUACCCAAUUUUCUUGUCCUCUUUGUUCCAAAACCUUCAACAGGUAUAAUAAUCUCCAGAUGCACAUGUGGGGGCAUGGUUCUCAAUACAGAAGAGGGCCAGAAUCACUGAAGGGUACCCAACCAACGCCGAUGCUAAGAGUCCCAUGCUAUUGUUGUGCUCCUGGAUGCAAACACAACAUAGAGCACCCAAGAGCACGGCCUCUAAAGGAUUUUAGAACUCUGCAAACACACUACAAAAGAAAACACGGAGUGAAGCCUUUCAUGUGCAGGAAAUGUGGCAAGGCAUUUGCAGUGAAAGGGGACUGGAGAACCCAUGAAAAGAACUGUGGAAGGGUAUGGUAUUGUGUAUGUGGCUCCGACUUUAAGCACAAAAGGUCUUUAAAAGACCACAUUAAGGCCUUUGGUCAUGGUCAUUUUGCCUUUGGUGCUAAUGGCUUGGAAGAAUGCUUUGAUGAAGCUCAUGUUUCAGAUGCUGAUUCUAACUUAUGAUUCACAGUUCGUUAAUAUUGAUAUAAGUGUAGUACUCCGUACGUGUUUUCCACCAGCUGUCUUUUUCAAUUGUUAACUUAAUGACUUUGUGUAUAUGUUGUAUAAUUAAGUUGUUAUUCGGGCUUUGUUAA